AUGGCAUUCCUUUGGCUCUUGUCCUGCUUUGCCCUCGUAGGGGCCUCCUUUGGCUGUGGAGUCCCUGCCAUCCAACCCGUGCUGACUGGUCUGUCUAGGAUCGUCAAUGGAGAGGAUGCUGUUCCUGGCUCCUGGCCCUGGCAGGUGUCCCUGCAGGACAGCACUGGCUUUCAUUUCUGCGGGGGCUCCCUCAUCAGUGAAGACUGGGUGGUCACUGCUGCCCACUGCGGGGUCAAGACAUCUGAUGUGGUGGUAGCUGGAGAGUUUGACCAGGGCUCUGAGGAAGAGAAUGUUCAGGUGUUGAGGAUCGCAAAGGUUUUCAAGAACCCCAAAUUCAAUAUGCUCACUAUACGCAAUGACAUCACCCUGCUGAAGCUGGCCACUCCUGCCCAGUUCAGUGAGACCGUGUCUGCUGUGUGUCUGCCCAGUGCUGACGAUGACUUCCCUGCUGGCACAGUGUGUGCCACCACUGGCUGGGGCAAGACCAAGUACAAUGCCCUGGUGACUCCUGACAAGCUGCAGCAGGCAACCCUGCCCAUCGUGUCCACCGCUGAGUGCAAGAAGCACUGGGGUUCCAAGAUCACCGAUGUGAUGAUCUGCGCAGGCGCCAGUGGUGUCUCCUCCUGCAUGGGUGACUCCGGUGGCCCCCUUGUCUGCCAGAAGGAUGGAGUAUGGACCCUGGCCGGCAUUGUGUCCUGGGGCAGUGGUUUCUGCUCUACUUCCACUCCUGCCGUGUAUGCCCGAGUCACAGCCCUCAUGCCCUGGGUUCAGCAGGUCUUGGAAGAGAACUGAGUCCGCGGCUCUGGUCUCCCCGGGCAAGCAUCUGCAAUAAAAUCAUCUAAUUAGA